CAACCACUCGUUUCGCUCUCCACCGCAGUCGUUCGCGCCAUGGCCACCCUUCUGGCGGGCGGGCUCUUCGCCACCCGGGCGCUCUUUAAGUACAACCGGAAGAACUUCAUGUUCGACAAGACCUUGCGACAGGAACGCGAGUUCCAAGAGCAGGACAUGAGGGUCGCCCAGUUCAGCCUCUACCGCGAGGACGUGCGAGACUUGGUGGAGCUGACAGUGGGGAAGAUGGACUUGUACUUGGUCUCGGCCGCCCUUCUCAUCGACCGGACCACAGUGAUGAUCACCAAGGCAGAUGAGGCCUUGCCGGGCUUCUUGCCCUGGGACCCCACGAAGCGGAUCUCGCCGGAGUGGGCCGUGGCGCUCAAUGCCAUGAGCUUGGCGUCUGGUGUGGCUCGGCGGGAGGAGAGGCUGCUCUUUCCACACCGCGCGCCGCGCCUGAAACACCGAAGAAUCUACGUCUUCUACCUGCUGCUCUGCCUAUGGAUGGCCAUGUAUGCCUCCAUCUCCGCCCAGUCCUUCGGCACGAGGUUGCUGACGCAGUUUGUGCGCCUUCCGGUCGCUUCGCAGUCCAACGUGGCGAAAGCCACGGCCACGGCGGUGCAGUAUGAGGAGAAAGGAGUCGGCGAGAUGCUGCGGGCCCGGGAGCUCGAGGGGCCGCUGUCAGGCGCCGAUGUGCAGCUUCUUCAGCUCUCCCUCACGACCGACCUCAUGCAGCACACGCCGAGUCAUGUGAGUCCGGACGCCAUGCGUCCGGGGCUGGUACGGUUCAUGCACAUCCCCAAGACGGGGGGCACUAGCAUCGACGCUGCAGGGAUGCACCAAGCCAUUCCAGCCUUUGACUCGCUGAUGCGACAGACCUACGAGCGCAUCGCACAGAAAUCCGAUUACCAUGGUGAUUUGGGCGACCUCUACGUGAGCUCGCACAGCUCUUACCUCACUUAUUCCGCCUUUAUCGCGCAGAACGUCCAGGAAUACCACUUCCUGCCGCCCAAUGCUUCCGACCAAUGUGAGGAUUUGCACACGCCUCCUUCGCGAAGUGAGUUCAUCCGCGAGUACUACCGGACGAACCUCACCUUUUGCGCCGUGCGCGACCCCCUGGAGCGUUUCUGGAGCGCCUUCCGCAUGAUGAGUUUGUCCGCUUGUGAGCCAGAGGCCAUCGAAGCGGCGACUCUGGGGCUGUUGGCGACGGCCACGGUGACGCCGUACAUCUGCAAUUGCUUUCUGGUGCCUCAGAUGGAGAGUGUGUAUGGUACACGACACCUGGCCGCGAGACGGAGGGAGCGGAGGAGCGGAGGAGAGACGAGACGCAACUGGUCGACUUCCUCCACGCGCUAUUGCCAGCGUGUCUCGGAUGGAGCUCUGAGGGGUUUGCUGUACCAGGAGAACCUCACCGCGGAAUUCGAGGCAUUCAUGGAGGAGAUUGGCCGCCCUGAGGAGCUCAUGGCGGAUUGGUCCAGUUGUGACCUGAAGACCGGGCAGCUGACGCCCAAGACCCGCCAAGUGUAUGAGUUCUACAAAGCCGACUAUGAAGCCUUCGGUUAUGCUCCGCCAAGUGAAGUCUCUGCACCGGGCCCGACAGCGGCAGCGACCACCGAAGCGGCCUCCACCGCCGCGCAGGCACCCGACCCUCCAUUGCCGGAGGCUGGUGAAGGAGGCAUCUCUUUCCUUGGCCGCUUACCUAGUGCCAAUGGCUACAUUGGAAAUCCCACAGUCAAUGCCCUGCCGGCAGCGAUGUUGGAUCAUAUCCGGCUCUACCGAAGGGUGCAGCUCAACUGGCAGGCCUACGACGCCUACGCGCGGGUCAGCCUCUUUUGUGGCGCCAACUCCUUGUUGUACAGCUGCCUCUAUUGGGCCUUGGGCUCGUUCCUCGGUGGACAACACGCGGGCGUGGCCGCCAUCGCGGUGGCGCUGGUCUUCGCCACCAUCCAGGUGAUGCUCACCAAGUUAGAUCUGCGCUUGAGGGCCUGGCACUUGCGGCGCAUUGCCUUGCUCCUCUUCUCCACUCCGGUGACGACCACCAUUGGUAUGAUCCUCUAUCCAGAGGUGACCAACGGAACGCUAGGGCCGUUCUCGGCGCAAAGGCUCUUGAUGAACCUCUGUGCCAUCGUAGCUCAUGUUCUUCACUUUGCGGUGGCCUUCAUGGUGUUAUUGGCCUCAUGGCCAGAUGAUGAUGAGGAAGCUCUGCUACCGGGCAAGUUCCGUAGCACCCUCUACCUGGACGUCUUCGGGUGGCUCCUCAACCCCACGGGUCCUGGCGCACGGACCUCCGCGGCACGUGAGGAGGAGGACGAAGGUUGGCUGGUCGGUGCCGCGAAGACCGUGCUGGUCGGUGCAGAAGAUGGACAGAAUGCAUUGGGAGAGCCCAGACAAGUGGCACUGGAAGUCGGGCCGCCUUGGCGCUUGGUGUUUCUUUUCUUUGCAUAUCUUGCCAUUCCCUCUGGCUAG